AUGCAUCGCAAGGUGCGAAUAGGCCGUUCCUUUGAGGCAGCUGUGGUGCUCUCUAAGCCUUACAUUCAGGCAUCGGCCCGACUGUCCAACAUGGCACCGUCCACACGCGAGAGGAAUGUGUCAAUAACCGGGAAAUCUUUGGAUGUUGGUGAAGUUGCUGGCAUCAACCUUUCCCACAAAAUGUGGAUGACGCCUCGUGUUCCGAAGCAUAUCAUCUUUGUUUUCGGCGGAUGGACUGUGGGUGCCGUCAACAACAUGCACACGUACAACUGUCGCGCUGUCAAGUGGCGCGACAUGGGCAACAUGUACACUUCGCCCAGAUGCUACCACGGUGUGGCAGUGAUCAACCAGUGCAUUUACGUUGUGGGCGGCUUCAACGGCCGCGAGAUCUAUCACUCUGUCGUGUGCUUCGACGUCACCUUGAACAGAUGGACCUCCAAGGCGAACAUGGAGUUCCCGCGCUGCUACGUCAGCGUUGCCGUUCUCAAGGGCCACAUCUAUGCCAUGGGCGGCUACGAUGGUCGCCAGCGGUUUAAAACAGUGGAGCGCUACGACGUGAACGCGAAUCACUGGACCCAGCUUGCCGAUAUGAACGACAUUCGCAGUGACGCUGGCGCCGCGGUGGCUCACGGGCGCGUCUACAUUGCGGGUGGCUUCACGGGCUGGACGGUGCUGGAAUCUGUCGAGUUUUACGAUCCGUCGACCAACGUCUGGACCCGGGUGCAGUCCAUGCCCUGGCGACGUAGUGGCCACAAGUUGGUAGCUCACAAGGGCAUCAUCUACGUCAUCGGCGGAUACAACGGCACCUCGCGCGUUUCAACCCGACACUGCAAGCUGGUGAAGAGGGCGAUUGCGCACUCGGCCUUGCAGAAGGCCCUGUGCAAUUCGUGCCAUCACAAGGUGGAUGCUGCAUUUUCGGAGCAAGUGUCCCGUCUUAAGGUCGCAGGUUUCACUCAAGACGUGGUGUCAUCUGUGGCCGAAGGCCUGCUUAGGGAUGUGAAAGAUCCCAGGCGCUAA